AUGGGAGAGUCACCUCCAUUACUAGAUAGUCAUUCCCAGCACCAGACAUCUUUGACUCAUUCUUCGACACAAAACCAGAAUGAAAUGUCAUCUAAUACAUCAAGUUCUAAUUCACAAUUACCAAAGACUCAAAACAAGACUAGUAUGGCUCAAUCAUCAGGGAACCCUUUAACUUUGGACGAACAAGCUAUACUAUCCAAACAGUUAAGUAAAUCCAAAAGAAAAUCUGCCGCAAAAAGUACCACGGCAAACAUCGUCAACAACAAUAACAACAAUGACGCCCCCAAAGAGUUAGGCAAGAAAUCAAAAAGGCGGAAGCAUAAGAAUUCUAAGUUAGGAUGCGCAAAUUGUAAAGAAAGGCGAGUUAAAUGUUUAGAGAAUUUACCUAGCUGUACCAAUUGUAUUAAGCAUAGGGUGAAAUGUGCAUAUUUGGAUUAUACAGAAGAUCAAUUGAAUGAGUUCAAGAAGGCAAAACUUUUACAGGAACUGCAAGAACAACAACAGGAACAACAACCACAUCAACUACAGGAGAGUGACUCAGAAGCAAAUGACCAACAACCUUUGAAAACGAAUAAAAAAGUCUUAAAACCGAAAAAGUCACGUGCGGCUACUUCAUUUAGUUAUGGACAAGCAAAAUCAAGUUCUUCGGUUCCGUCUGUUCUGGUUGCAGGUUCUUCCACAGGUUUGACGAAUGGGGAAGUGUUUCAGCAACAACGCCAACACCAUUCUGUCCCCAAUAUUGGUACAAACUUCAAUACAUUGGCAGCGGCGGUGGCGUCAUCGUCGUCACUGUCUUCAUCGUCAGCUUCUUCUGUUAUAGUUAAUAAUGAAGAUGCUGAGCCACUGCCUGUGCCAAGAAGCAAUAAUGAAUCCAGAGUUAAUUUAUUGCCUGAGGGAAACGAAUUCCAAAUUUUGUUUCCAGCAUACCCUGACUCUGCUGAUUUUCCCGCAACCAAUUCUCCAAGUCGGUUUUCAACUCCAUUAGAACGAUCUGCUGUUUCCAAUGCUUUUAAUAUGAAACACUCUCGUUCUCAGUCGACCAGUGGUAAUUCAUUACCAAAUUCUUUAAAUUUACCGGUUAAUUUCAAAUAUACAUCCCAUCCAGCAGUCGAUUAUGAUGCAAGAUUGAAACAACUUCUUAAAACAAUAGGUCCAAUGAUACUAAAGGGUACCCUGGGAUUAUCACAAAUUCGAGAUAUAUACUCCACGUGGCUCAAUUCAUUUAUUUAUAAAGCAUUCACGUCUGACUUGAUGUUUUAUUGUUUGCUUAAUUUAACGACAAAUUUUUUGAUUACAAAUUGUUUCAGUGAUUCGAAUAAGCAUUUACAGAACAGUGGAUCACUAACACCAAAUUCAAGAAGUUUGCAAUUAGCCCAUAUCCGGACUGACUGUACGAACCGUUCACUACAAUAUUAUGCCUACACUAUAAAAGGAUUAGGAAUAGUUUUAAAUGAUGAAAAUACUGAUCCCGACUUGACAGGUUCAGUGAGUUAUAUAUUAAGUUUAAUGUCGGUUUAUGAUACACAAGCAACGUUGAAUUCGAUUAUUUGCUUUAGAAAUGGGUUAUUUAGUAUUUUCAAACACAAUGAUAUUGCUUAUGAAAAAAUCGAUCCUAAUACUAAAGUAUUGAUCCCAACACAUAAAAAAUUGAUGGUGAAUAUUGUUAUGUCUAUUUAUUUGCCCGGAUAUGACUCCAACUUUUUGAAAGAAUAUCAACAAUUAUUGGUAAGAUUUGGUGAGUUGAUUAUCCCAUUGUUGCAUCAUCACAAUUCCACUAACACAGCAGGUGGGGCACAAGAAAUGGUGAGUUUUGUGGAGUCAAACUAUAGCCAUUUACUUAGUUUUACUAAUGAUUGCUUGAACCAUUAUAUUUCUGAAAUCAACAACACUUUGUCUGAUAUUAAUUCCCAAGAAGAAUUGUUGUUUCAAAUGAUUUAUAGAUGGGUGCGAUUUUUCCCUGCUCGACUCAUAGGCUCAAGAAAGAAAAGCGAUCCAUUAGAGAAAAUGUUGUAUUUAUUCUACAAAGUGUUCAAGAAAUCGUUGUUUGCUAUCUUUCCUCAAGUGAAGUUCUUUUUCUUGAGAGAUUUCGAUAGUCCGUUAAUGUUGGAUGUUUUUGCUUCCGAUAAUGAUUAUGACAUUUUUGUUGAAGAAUUAGAACAUCCAAUUAACAACUGCUUACCACCUGAGUUGUAUGAGCCUAUCUUGAAUGAAUUAAAGUCGAUGAGCAGUUACUUGAUUCGUGUUAUAACAUAUUUGCAACUUCGUCUUAACAAGUUGUACAAGUAUUUGGUGGUUGAUUCGGGCAUUGAUAGAAUGAAACAAAUCCAUGGAGAUAUUCUUCAAUGGGGGAAUUCCAUCACUGAUAUCACAAAGACAAGAAAUGAAUUCAAACAGUUGCUUGGAUUGGAAGAAGUCUGUGUCACUUCAUUUAUUAAUAAAGUGAUAAGAGAAGAAAAUUAUCCAACUCGAAAAGGCAAACCGAAAACUAGCGAGACAGAACACUCACUUGCAGCUGGGGCAAACAUUGUUGAUUUUAUGACUUUGCAACCAUCUGGUUUAUUAAUCAAUGAUUUUGAUCCCAGACAAUAA